GUACUGGUACCGGGAAUGAGAAGUGUGGUGUACACAUGCACAUAGAGCUGCAUAACUGGCUGGCGUCUGUCUUUUCACGAAAACCAGUGGCAAGCUAAUUUGUCUAUGCAGAAAGGAGGAUUGAGGGAACCUGACAUUAGCGGCUUCCCGGUGACAACAUGUCUCAGAUGUGCCCGAUGAUCCACGGUGACAAGGCCACAGAUGGCGCCACCUGUUCAAACUUUCGUGAUGUUCGCAUCAAGAAGUAUGAAUUGGACCUAGUGGUGAACUUUGAAAAGCGGGAGAUUCAGAGCGAGUGCACGUUGCGAUGUGAGGCCCUUAGUAGUGUCUCUGAAGUUUUCCUGGACUGUCAUGAGACAAUGAAAAUAACUGGAAUAGAAAAUGGAGAGUCUAAAGUCAUCCCAUUUUCUGUGCAGCCGUUCAGACACUAUGGCUCCAUGCUGGCAAUACAGCUGGCCAGUGAGCUGAGUGCCGGGACAGAGUUCACCCUAAAAAUCCAGUACAUUGCCACAGGUGGGCGAGGCGUGGAAUGGUUAAACCCUGCCCAAACUGCAGGUAAGAUGAAGCCAUACCUGUACACACAGGGCCAAGCUGUUAUGAACAGGUCCUUUUUCCCCUGUCAGGACACACCUGCUGUCAAGGCCCCGUACUCUGCCUCUGUUCAGGUGCCCGAGGGCUUUACUGCAGUCAUGAGCGCAAACUCCAGUUCUGAAAAACAUGGCCGAUACCUGUUUGAGCAAUCGGUGCCGAUCCAAUCUUACCUGGUGGCCUUAGCUGUGGGGGACCUGGUCAGUGCUGAGAUUGGACCCCGAAGUCGUGUAUGGACUGAGCCGUCUCUUUUGAAGAGCGCCAAAGAAGAGUUUGGAGGAAUAGUUGAAAAUUUUCUGACCACUGGAGAGGAGUUAUUUGGCCCGUAUGUCUGGGGUCGUUAUGACAUCCUCGUUAUGCCGCCAUCUUUCCCUUUUGGCGGGAUGGAAAACCCCUGCUUGACUUUCGUGACCCCAUGUUUGCUCGUAGGAGAUAAGUCCAUGACAGAUGUUGUAAUCCACGAAAUCGCACACAGCUGGUUUGGGAAUUUGGUGACCAAUGCGAACUGGAGUGAGUUUUGGUUAAAUGAGGGAUUUACCAUGUUUGCUCAGAGGCGAAUUAUGCAAAAACUAUACGGAGCUCCAUACACCUGUCUGGAGACCCUGACUGGCAAAGACUUGCUACGGCGACACAUGGAUGACACAGGGGAGGAUCACAUGUUCAAUCGUCUGCGCGUGUUGAUUGACCCGGACAUGGACCCAGAUGACACUUACAACGAGACGCCGUAUGAGAAGGGAUUCAUGUUUGUCUCCUACCUUCAGAAUCUGGUUGGAGAUCUGAGAACGUUCGACGAUUUCCUUAAAGCUUACAUCAACAAAUUCAAGUACAAGAGCAUUGUAGCUGAGGAUAUGUUGGAGUAUUUCUUGGACUACUUUCCUGAACUAAAGGAGAAAGAUGUACAGAACAGGCCUGGGUAUGAAUUUGACCGCUGGCUCCACACGCCGGGCUGGCCCCCAUACGAACCAGAUCUCUCAGCCAGUCGGGAAUUUACAGCGCCGGCAGAUGAGCUGGCUAAACAGUGGAUUAGCUGCUCAGGGCAGCCUCCCAGCACUGAUGUGAGUGGGUGGAGAGCCGAACAGUUGAUAUACUUCCUGGACAGGUUGUUAGAGGCCGAGUCCCUCCCUGAGGACACCCUGAGGCUGUUUGUCAGUCAGUAUCCUCAAAUUGUGAACAGUCACAAUGCUGAGAUUCGCUUGCGGUGGGCCCAGAUAGUUGCCAAGAAUGACUUUUCCUGUGAAUUUGAUAAAAUCACCUCUUUCCUGGAAUGCCAAGGUAAACUGAAGUAUACCCUGCCUGUAUACAAAGCCUUGGUGAAGGGGACAGACAAAACACGAGAACUGGCCAUCCAGAUUUUCAACCACACCAGGGAUCAGCUGCAUGUUGAAGUGCGCCAGCGUGUGCAGAAAAUACUCGACCAACAAAACUAACAUUUAGGGGGCAAAAUGUUUUUUCUAAAUGUCUUCCAGUUCUGAGCAGGUGUUGCUGAAGACAAUGCUUCUUCGGCUAUGUAAGUUAAGGGAGAUAACUGAUGGAGAAAAGUUUAUAGUCUAAGCAAGAUGGCACAUGGACAUGGCCGACGUGUAGUGAGCUCAAAUAACAUAUAGAAGUGUCACUGGGACAAAAUACAAGCGAUUUGGAAAUACAGAUGGUGGAUUUGAACAGAUAAUAACUCUAGGUAGGGGAACUAGUGGAAAAGUUGGAGUUUGAAGGUUUUAUUUCUUGAAUUUCGGAGACAUUGCCUGGUUCGGUCAAAAGUCGUUUCAUAGCUUUACUUCUUAUAUACGUGUGGAGGAAGCUAGUAUAUGGCCUAUAUAUGGUCUGCAGAUUGGAUUCGAGCACCUAUGGUGAAUAUAUAAAAAAACAAUGUAUUAUGUCAGAGGACCCUUGCCACUCUCAUUACAGUCCAUAAAACCCACCUCAGAAUUUAAAUAUUUGAAUGCAUAUAAUUACAUCUAAAAAUGUCUGAAAAAAUGCGUGGUCUUACAUAAAGUUUUCAGCAGGCUAUCUGGCGAUGAUUGCGUCAUUGUUGAGUUGAUUUUGUUUAUGUGUAUAUUCCGCCUAUGUUGUGAUACUAUGGUCCUUUAGAACCACAGUUUAUCUUUCUUAUUAAGGCUGCUGUAGUUGUCUUAGCAAAAUCUUUGUGACGUAAAAUACCAAUCAAAUAAAAUAAAUAAAUGCAUUUAACCUCAUUACAUCUGUUUUUCCAGGUGUUUUUGACAUUGUGUUUCACUUAAUACGUGUGACUAAGAAUGUUUGUAGUAUAUUGGUCAUUAUCUGAGAUUUUUAUAUUGCUGCAGAGAAUGUUUCUAUUUUCUUAGUCAUGAUGUAAAUUUUUUUCAAAGAUUUUGUCGUUAUGAUGUUCAUCAGGCCAUCCGUCUCUUCAUCAGAUCAUGAAAUUUUUGAUAGAUGUAUUGCUGCAAAACAGGACAUUCCGCGCAAGACACCUAUACUUUUAUCAUGAUUGUAGGCGGUAAUAUGUUCUUUCUGGCGUUUGUCCGUCUGUCUGUCUCUCCCUCUCUAUGUCAACAGCACUUUUCCAUCAAUAUAACAUGGUUCAUUACAACAUGUAUUUCAAUAUAACACAGUCACAAAUAUGUCCUUCAAAUUUUUCACAGUUUUUAUUGCACACAUCAUAUUUUCUUUUGAAGAAAACCUUCAGAUAUUUUUAAUUUUUGCAUGCCUUCAGAAACUUGUUUGUCAUGUAAUUAUAGUUAUUUGACCUACAGGUAACAUUCAUCAUCACACUAUGUUUGCUCCUGCGUCACAGGUUAUUAGUAGCUAACAAACUUCAUAUAAGCGGCUGUACUGAAAAUCAAGAUAUUGAAGCAGAUUUGUCCCAAAACAAUAGUCUUCUAAUGGAGGAAAGGUAUGUACGGAAGAUUUUGCGGACAACUUUGUCAAGGGCCAAAUUUAUCAACUGAUUGAAUUUUAACGACGAUCUAGGUCUUAAUCGGGAUAUAAGUUCAGGGUUUUCUUGUUUUUUAAAACGUUUUUCAAAAUUGCAAAAUGGGACACAACUGCCGAGUUUUGUUUCUUUGUAGUGAGGGAAUUUGUAGGCGUAACUCAGACAGGCGUUUGUGCUCUAUGACGGAGCUGGCCAUAUGUUACAGGUGCUGAGGGAAGGCCUGUGGCUCACUCCUGGUACUCCUGCUCUGUUCACAAUCCACUCGUAAACUGGAUCACUUUGCUAUAAGUGAAAAACACCUGAGCGCUGCAAGUUUGGCUCAUGGAAAACCGUUAAAGCCGAUCGGCUUGUGUGUGUUUGUUUGUGUGUCACACUCACUUCUUCUUUGGUUUUCUCAGAAAUUAUUACUGUAAGGACGGUUUUACCAUUUUUGGUAAAGAAAGGAAAGCAGGGAACAGAAAUUGUUAGUGGUGUUACAUGAUUGUGUGUUUUUUCUGUUUUUCCUGACAAAGUACAUUGAAACCAUAUUUUAUUCCCAUUAAAUAAAACCUG